AUGGGCGCGAACUUCCGCACAGAUGAGUCAUUUAUUGUUGCAGGCUGGGUAGAGUCCGCUCUGUGGGGAGUCUAUACCGUCCUCUAUGGGCUGACCUUGCGUAUCAUCGGCAGAAAGGGAUGGGGGUCCUCGAACAAAGUGACCCUUGGUGCGAUCACUCUCCUCUACUCUCUCGCCACUGCCCAUAAUGUGAUGUCCCUCCAAAUUCUCAUCAACGCGUUCAUAACAUAUAUUCAAGAGCCUGGGCCAAUCGUGUACUUGUCCGAAAUCGCAGUUCUUCUAAACGUUGCCAGGGACAUGGUGUAUAUUACCACCAUUGUAAUCGGAGACAGUGUUCUGGUCUGGCGCCUCUAUGUCGUCUGGGGAAAGAAUAUCUGGAUAGCGAUCUUUCCCCUCUGUAUGAUCUUGGCGACUGCAAUAACUGGAUACGUUGCUAUCGGACAAUGGCUCAAUCCAGCGUUACAAAGCACAAACAUCAACAUGGCAGUUUUCAACGACAGUGUCCGCUGGGUUACCGCGAUGUACGCUGUCUCUCUCUCCACAAACGUCAGCGUCACCGCUAUAACCGCCGGAAGAAUUUGGUGGGUGAGCUAUCGCGGCAGAAAAAUUGCGAGUGCCACUUCAGGUGCACGAUAUACGCGAGUGAUCAUUCUUCUCCUAGAGUCAGGAGCAAUGCUCGCCGCCAUGAAAAUUAUGGAGUUCAUCUUGUUUGAAAUAGCUGGAACCGGUAUCGGCGGGGACAACGCGCUCUGGAUUGUCCUCGAGGCCAUGCCACAGGCGAUGGGUAUCAUGCCUACGCUCAUCGUUCUCGCCGUCACGUCCGGCUACACGCGGAAUGACGACUUUUACAAGGCAAAGACCAGUGUCGUGUCAAUCUCGAUGCGAUUCGCAUCUGAGCACCCGACCAUGCCGUCAUUGGUUAACGUCUACGACCAGUGA